GUCUAGUGUUAGUGUACGCAACUUAUAACGUGGCCAUCGCCUUCCAGGCGGUUGGCUUGUCCCAACGGCCGGCAUUACCUUGCGUGCUAGCUCAACAGAGGAUACAAGGAAGCAUAUGCGAGUACCAUUUAAUGUAGCCGUUGCGAACUUUAAGCGACUGAAGCCGAAUUUCCAGCGGGCUCGAGCGAGGUUGUUGGAAAGCAAGCAUGCCGAACACAGUUGGGCGACCUCCGGACGAUGAGCUUCUUGCCGUGCUCGUCUACGUGGCUCUUAUAUUGUUGUGUUUGACAGCAAUUGUUCUUAUAACACAUGCAAUUCAGGUGUCGUAUGACAAGAAGCAAGCGGAACGCGCGCGUCUGGAAACCCUUGAAGCUUCCCGUAAGCGUCUGAGGACCCUCGCAGAUCGCCACCGAAUCUACGUCUCCCCCUUCACCACCACCGCCGCCACACCCACCGGCCACACCCCAGCAGCUGCGACCCACUUCUCCUCCUCCCCAGCUCCAACCUCCAUCUCAGACGCCGCCGCCACACCCUUCGGCGGCGGCAGCUCACGUCCCUCGUCCAGCUUUGAGGGAGACGGCGGACGCAGCAGCAGCGGCGGCUGCGGCGGUAACGGCAGCGGCGUCACAGCCACGCUUCUAGCCACAGCGACCUCGCUGCUGCUUCAUCGCCGUAGGGGCUCGGCCACGGGAUUACCGCCUGCCGCCUCCGCCCCGGCAUCUGCAGUCAGUAGCGGUGCCAGCGGAGUCGGCGCCACCGGCGGCGGCGGUGGAGGCCUGGGGGGCUUGUUAAGGCGUUGCUGUACAGCUGGGGUUGCCUCUCACAAUGCGGGCGGCUGCGAACCCGGUGCUCAACCGCAACCGCAGCAGUACCCGCAGCAGCAGCAGCAGCAGCGGCGGCGUUCCUCCACCGAGUUGCUGUUUUGCAGGGAGAGUGGCGGCCCGCUGGAGAUGAGUCAGGUGCUAGGCAGCGUGACUCCGGAGGCAAUCCUGAGCACCCGCCAGGUGCUGGCGACUUUCAACUACGACUACUCGGCUCUUCAUCGCCGGGAGGUGAGCUAUGCCGGCAGUGGGCCGAAUGCUGGCAAUUGGCAGCGACUCCGGCACAGCUGAGGACUCCACACGUUAGGCUGGUUUGGUUGAGUCAACCGUCCAACCAACCGAGGUUAUCAAUCAAGAACCCAUCCUGACCCACCUACAACGUAUUUGGCCACCAAUGUUCCGGCAGCAGCACUAUGGUCCCGUUGGUCUUCCUGGCAAGGGGGUACCGGUAGCGAGUGGCGCUGGGCUUUGGAGUCGCGGAUGGACAACUUGGGGCGACGUGAACAGAAUGAGGAUGGAUGAAGCUAGGCCAAAAGGUACAGGUGGGCCUCCAAAAACCAAUCAUCUAGUUGGAAAACAACACGGAGUCGUUUUAGUGUUUGGUGGUGGUAGAGAAACCCAGCUGUUUGGUGGUGAGGGGAGCCCAGCCGCAUGCUGUGGUAUGAAAUCGACCCUGUAUCGGCUUCACACCGCCGCGAUCGUCGGAAGAUUUGUGUGUGUCCAGACAUUUUAGUGUUGUGUAUGCGUGUCUGCUAUCUGUUGUGCCCGUGAGAAUUGUUGCGUCUUAACGUACCGCAAGUUAUCGGCAUGCGUGUCUUGCAAAAAUGUCUUGUCGUACUGGGCAUUUCGCAUGUGAAUCACUACAGAGCAACGAUCGCGUUCGUAUCCAUAUCGAGUUCCAAGGUUCUGCUGUGGUGUGUUUGUUUGGGGUUGCGUACCGAAAGAGUUGCCGAGCGGGAAGCGACGUUGCCUGCUACUGACGUUGAACGUUCGUGGGACGGAGUUCUAGGUAGGUGAAAGGCGGGUCCUUGGUAGACAUUAACAACGAGCCUUGCGGAGCGAUUCUGGCGCUUUAUGAGUAAGCACGGACCUGCAUACCUAGAGUGAGUUACAGAGGAACCCAAUGGGGCCUGCGGAGCCCCAAGGGCGGAUGCUGUCGGAGUGGCGGCCCUGUGUUAGGGGGAGCGAUACGUGACUGCACGUAUGCCUGCAUGCAGCAAGCGCACCCCCAUCCCGAAACGUCAACCCCGGACGAGAAUGCUGCACCGUCCUCUGCCUGCAUUCGCUUUUGGGUUUGGAAUUGUGUGUUGUUGUUGUUGUUGUUGUUGUACUUUGUUGUGGGUUACUGUUGCAAGUGCUGCCGUGGGAUACUUCGUAGAGCUGGUUUAGAGCUGUUUGGGUACUGGGUGUUUCCUGGAAAGGACUGUGUUCCCUUCGCGCCGGGAGUUGGAGGCCAGCAAGACAAGAGGCGUGGGUGUUCCUGACUCUGGAGGAGGGAGCUCAGCAGCAUUUAGCUGGCUCAGAUGGCCGGAUUGGCCGUGUCUGACAAGCCUAAGGUGUUAGCCGCCCUCGGCUGCACGCCUUCUGUUCCGUCAUGCGUUUCUGGGUAGCUUUGCCUUUGGGUGCGGCACGAGUGGUUUGUUGGGUGUUGGAAGGAUGCUGUCCUUUGCGAUGCGUUAUUUUUGGAGGGCCGUUGAGCGGACGUGAGAGGGAAAGGAAAUGCGAAGCUACGGGCCUGCAUUUGGCUGAACGUUUCGCCUUUCGCCUCCUGUUGUCGGUCGAGGGGCAUGUUGGUUUCUUUUUUUGGAGAGUUGGCAUCCUAUGAAAGCGGAGAGCACCCUUGGACGUGAGCACCUCCUCUGCUGAGCAUGAUAUUACCGGUAUUGCUGCGAGUUGUUGAGUUCAUAACAUGGUUGGCGAGUUGGAUUUGAAAAAAGAGGUUUUGCGUUGUUUUUUUGUGGGACAGGAAGCAGUAGCUGGCAACGGAAGGACGGCACGCGUGCUUCGGCGUGGAUGUCCAGUGUGUUCUGUGGCAUCCCAGGGUUGCAAACACUAGCAGACGUCGGGUAGUUGAGAAGACAAGACGGAGGAUUGAGUGGGUGUGUCCUUCAUCGUUUCUGCUGGCUGGCCUCUUAAUUUGGUUCAUGCAAAUCCGGGUGCUUUUGGUGCGGCGCUUGCACUGCAUUACCCCAUAAUGAAUUAGCCUUUCGGAUGUAGUGAACCAAAAACCGAAGCGAGGUACCGGUAGAGCUCGUUGUUGAGGCGCACAGUUCCCUGAAAUCUGGGAC